GCUCUAAUCUAGUAGCCACGACCACCGUUCGAGCUUUUGUAUCGCUGUCUUCCCCCAUGUCCCCAACCAAACUGAAGGAACGGAGCUCCGGCUCCUCCGCUCCCAGAUCCACCGCCAAGGAGGAUGCCAUCGCCACCGCCGCCACUAAUUUACCAUCCUCGACUGGAUCUCAGAGGCAAUCGACGGCAGACCCCUCCGCCAUGGUCAAAACGGAAUCAACGACUGGACUUCACCCCUGGGCCCCUAGGCUAGGUGGUGAAGAAGACGGUGAGGAAUCACUGUGCAUGCUGGUUAGGAGGCCCUCACCUAACCUUCGCUUACCACAGAUGUCCGAGCAUUUCACCCUAGCUCUUUCUGUCAUUGAUUAUUUCUUCUGCUUUUUUGACGUUGCUACUCUGUCAUCAAUUAAUUUGCAGGUCUGA